AUGAGCUGCUGCUGGUUCUUGGUCUUGGCCGGGGUGUGGUGGCUGCCACCGAUGCUCGUGCUGGCCGAGGACCAGCAGGGGGGAGACUGCUCGGCCAUGAAGUGCGGCAACGUCAGCAUCUUUCAUCCGUUCUCGCUCACCGACAGAGAGACGGGAAGAUCAUGCGGUCCUGAUCCCUACCCGGACUUCGAUGUCGCUUGUAUCAACAACAGUGUUCCCGCUCUACGGAGCUCCAUACCCCUCAACCAGGGCUUUGAAAUCCUCAAUAUCUCCUACCAGGAACGCAGCUUGUAUGCAGUUGAUAUGGGCAAGCUGGGCGUGUUGCAAGCCCCGGACAAGUGCCGUGCGGUGUUCUAUAACACCUCGGUCAAACUGAACAGCCCGUUCAGGAUCGCCCCCGUCAACCUGCACAUCAUCCUGUACAACUGCACGGAGGAGGAUGGAGCAGCGGCCGCGGCACGUCGGAACACAGAGCUGGUGGAGACGAGAGUGAGGUGCUGGAACGAGUGGGAGGUGCUUGCCCGCACGGGAGUGCCUCACGACGUGACCGGGAACUACAGCGGCUACGCUUUGGAUGGCUGCCGUGCUAUCGUCGUGCCUAUGCUGGCCUCGUCGCCGGGGGCCAGUGCGAGCGACUACGAGCAGCUCAUGAGGGAUGGCUUCCUGUUGACAUGGGAGCUCCCCCAUCUUGCACCUGCACCUGCACCUAGGAUAUCGAACGAGCCUCCUCCCCCUGCACGUAAGUUCAGUUCACCACGUCAAAUCAUCUGUUAA